UAUACCGAAAAAAGCGAACUAGUCCAAAAGCAUUAUAAAACUGUAGCAGCUGAUGUAACAGCUGUACGCCCAAAAUGAAAGAUAUGGCAACAUUAACCAGACGCCAUCUUCUAAGAAGCUGUCAAUUUUUUUUAUCACAUUGAAAUCAUUUGCAGACGUUUGUAAACGUUUCUGAAAAACGCAAUUUUCCACCGAUAACCUCAGUAGAACUAAAAUAAAUGCUUAUAGAAUUAAGCUCAAAGCUUUAAGGUAACGCGUGGCAAUAUCCACGCUAGUUGUUUCGCGCAUUAAAAAACGCAAACGAGCCACUGAAAAAAAUUACGUGAAUCAUUGGACUCGAGCAGCAGCAACAGCAGCAAAUACUUGGGACGCCUGGCAGCGGAGCACCCUUUCACUUAGUGGCAAGUACGAGUAUUUUUGGAGUCUUGUCUAUCUGCUGUCAUGGUCAACACGUCUGGAAGCGAGGAUGGCCAGCUACGCAGCCCCAAUGAUGAACAAUAUAUCAGGCCAAAAGUGUGUACUUGUCCCAUGACCGAGGCGCGCGAUGGCCAACAACUAAACUAUAAAAAAAGAGUGUUAAUUAUAAAACAAAACAAAAGCAAAUGCAAGCCAAAAGUUCAAAAGUUCUUGUGUGCACCUCACUACUAUAGAGUGCAGAAACUUCAGCGCGACGCAGCAAGGAGAUUCCGAAUACGGCGGCCAGAAAGAAUCCACAAUAUCAAAUAUUGCAACUAACCGACGUACGCAAGUGCCUAGGUUUGGGAUACAUCUUGGGUCUUGGUUGGCGGUAAAUUUAAAUUGACUAUUUCAAGUACAAACCAUUCUAAUGCCUUUAGCCCGCCAUAUCUUUGUGUCUAUUUGUUCCGCCCGAGCAUUUUAGAGGUUUGCAUUGGUCGUAAGUUUACAUUUUACAGCCCUCGGAUUUAAACUCGGCAGCUACCAUGGAAUUGUUUAACUUGGUUGCUUUGCAUCGGGAUAUAAUCAGGUAAGUGUUUACUGCACCAACAUAUUGAUGAUGCCAUGACACAAGGAAAUUUAUUAAGUCCUCAAAUACUACACACAUUUAUCUGACUUUUUGCUAAUCCCUUUUUGCACAGCAAACAGAUUAUUCUUCUUUCCUCUGUGCGCCGAGGUCAUGAACCCGGGGGCAUAAGUAAAAUGUAAUCAAACGACAAGCAAGCAAAUCAACAAAUUUUACAGCAGGCUCAGCGCCAAGCCUUUUGCCCACAUGGCUAGUCGGUCAGUCAAUGGUCUACACAUUUGGCACACACAAAUUUGCAAAAUGGAACUAAGCGUUGAGAUUUUGUCAACUUGAAUAUUUUACGUGCCCUAUAACCUGUGACCCAUUCUUGUUUACUUUUAGCGGCGAUGAUGACGAACAUGAUACCGAUUCCUUGUAUAUACAACCACCGCAGGCGAGUACGCGUGACCCCACGAGCACACGCCGCAAGGAAAAGAAACAUUCCCGGGAGCGUCGGCGAAAGGACCGCGACAGCUUCAACGAUCGUGAUUCGGAGGGAGGUGUAGAAAGAGAGCAUCGGGAAAGAUAUGAAUAUAGGCGAGAGGAGCGAACAGACAUGGAUCGCCACUACCAUCAUCAACGCAGCUCAGAUCGCGGCGGGGGAAGCAGCGGCUACUCGAAACAUCAUAUCAGCCAUGCUUACCACUAUCAACAACCACAGCACCAUCACCACCACCAGCCUCCGCCGCUGCCGUAUGGUCAUCACCACCAGCAGCAUCAUCACCACCAACACAAUCAUAGUAUGCAUUUGGCCGGAGUACGUCCGGCUCGCGGAGAAUAUUAUCAGUCCACGGCUCUUUAUCACACCAAUCGGCAUCACGUUUCUGCUGGUGGGGCUGAUUAUGGUAGCAUUGGCGCCGUUACAAGCGAAAUAGAGCUACAACGACGCGCCAAAAAAUAUAGCUAUGAGCAGCCUAAGGAUGCCGAGAGUCUCGAGCAGGAUUUGCGUUCGCGGCUGCUAAGUAAACGUAACAAUUAUGUGAAGGACUAUGAAAUGGAAACAAAUUACGAACACAAAAGCAGCAGUCGCAAAGAGUCACGAUUGCGUGGCGAGGAGCGGUUGCUAAAAGCUGAACGCCAUAAACAGCGACACGAGCGUUCAGCACGUGCCAAUGUCAUUGAGGUCCUAGAUAGUCCAGAGCCCGGUGACGGUGCCAAAAGCCGACACAAACAGCGCAGCAAACAGCUAGACAAGGAAAGAGUUCGUGCAACGGCUGCAGGCGUGAGGUUAGAGCCAGCACGCAACCGGACCGGCGAUGAUCCCGAGCUGACGGUACGACGCGAGAAAUUGCUGGCGGCCGAGCGUGAAAUUCAAAAGCGCAAGCAGACGGCCCGAGAGGAAUUGGAGGCACGACGGGAAUUGCUGCGCGAGCGUAAUGAACAUAAUGCACUAAGUCCCAGUGCUGUGGCGGCCAGCGUUACGGCUGGCCUGAAUGUGGUGGUGAAAAGAAAACAAAAGUCCGAUCAGUACGAGCACGAAGUGAAGCAUAAAAAGCGCAGCAAACAUAGCCACGAUGAACAGCGAACUGAGGACGAUGAGAACGAGAGCGAAGAAAGCGACUCAGAGAGCGAAGAGGACGAGGAUGACGAGGACGAUGAUGAGAGCGCAGGCACUGCCACUGGCAGCGAAACAGGCUCAGAUGAGAGCGAUGGUAAUUACGAGCAAACGAAAAAACGUAAGCGUCCAAGCGAUGCUGAUGCCCAAGCUGAGGAAGAUGUGCCCCUUCCCGAUAGUCCACUGUCUGUGGGCGAAUUAUACAAGUCACCGAAACAGCGCAAGAAUCGGAAAAAGCGUACUCCAUCCAUAAGUUCCAGAAGCUCCCGUAGCAGUCGCAGCCCAAGUCGCAGUGAAUCCCACUCCAGAUCAGAAAGUGCGGGCUCUAGAAGUCGUAGUCGUUCUCCCGGCAGCAGUCCCGAUGAGCGUGCAAUCAGCGAUCAAUGCUCGCCGAGCACAAGCACGCGCAGCGAAGAGCGUGGCAUGGCACAGAAUCAAGCAAAACUUAACGAUGUCGAGGAAAAAACUAAGCAUAUAAAAGCUGAAGAUGCACCAAUUUGCGAUGACAAAGGUGUGCCGUUGCCCAACUACUUUCCUGGCGUUCAGGGCUGCCGUUCCGUCGAAGAAUUUCAGUGUCUCAAUCGCAUUGAGGAGGGCACCUAUGGCGUCGUCUAUCGAGCCAAGGAUAAGCGAACCAGUGAAAUUGUCGCACUUAAACGCCUCAAAAUGGAAAAGGAGAAGGAGGGCUUCCCGAUUACAUCGCUGCGCGAAAUUAACACACUCCUUAAGGGCCAGCAUCCGAACAUAGUAACAGUGCGAGAGAUUGUAGUGGGCUCCAACAUGGACAAAAUCUUUAUAGUUAUGGACUAUGUGGAGCACGAUCUAAAAUCGCUUAUGGAAACGAUGAAGAACCGCAAGCAGAGCUUCUUUCCUGGUGAAGUCAAGUGUCUCACUCAACAGUUAUUGCUGGCGGUAGCCCAUCUGCACGACAAUUGGAUACUGCAUCGUGACUUGAAGACCUCCAACCUGUUGCUAUCGCACAAGGGCAUUCUGAAGGUGGGUGACUUUGGUCUGGCCCGUGAAUACGGCUCGCCACUGAAGAAGUACACCUCGCUGGUCGUCACACUGUGGUAUCGAGCACCCGAAUUGCUGCUCUGUUCGCCCGAAUAUUCAACGCCCAUCGAUGUGUGGUCGGUGGGUUGCAUCUUUGCCGAAUUUUUGCAAAUGAGCCCUUUGUUUCCCGGAAAAUCGGAAAUCGAUGAACUCAAUCGCAUAUUUAAGGAAUUGGGCACACCAAACGACAAGAUCUGGCCUGGUUAUAACGAGCUGCCCGCUGUGAAGAACAUGCUCAGCCAGAACUCACAGUUCACAGAAUAUCCCGUGUCACAGUUGCGGAAGCACUUCCAGGAUAAAACCUCAGAUACCGGAGUGGCGUUGCUGCAGGGCCUGCUUACAUAUGAUCCCAAACAAAGACUGACUGCUGACGGGGCGCUAAAGCAUCCGUAUUUUAAGGAGCUACCAUUACCCAUCGAUCCAUCCAUGUUUCCCACGUGGCCGGCCAAAAGUGAGCUGGGCGCGCGCAAGGCGCAGGCCUCCUCACCAAAGCCACCUUCAGGUGGUUCCCAAUUCAAGCAGUUGGGCCGCGAUGAGCCGAUUGUUGCCUCCAGUGGAGGUGGCGUCGGCGCCAAACUCUCAUCGGGCAUCAUCACUGGCAAUAAAAAGAGCGGCGCCUCAACGACCAACACAGGCUUUGUCCUGAACGCCGGCCUCACACAGCGACAACUGGCCAUGGGUCCUGGCUUCAGUCUGAAGUUCUGAGUGGGGCUAAGCGUUAUUUUGGCAUGCAGCUGCUGCAUAUAGCUACACAAGUUUUAGCCAAUUAAAUACUUGUUAUGUAUAGUUUAGUAUGUAAGUUAAAAAUUUCGUUUAUGUGUAUGUGUAAAAAUUGUUCCAAAUAUAAUUUUAAAGCCAUACAAACAAA